AUGGCGCCCAGAAAGAAAAGAAGGCAGUUUCCGUCUUCGUCAGCAAACAUGUCAGAACCUCCAUCAGAAAAGAAGGCAUCAUUAUCAUCAUCAUCAUCGAUGGUGCCUGACUGGACUCAGCUCCCUGAAGAGCUACUUCACAUUAUCAAGGACAAACUAGAGCAUUGUUUCAACGUUAUUCAUGCUCGCUCUGUUUGCACCUCAUGCCUCUUACUUCUCCCUGAAGAGCUACUCCACGUUAUCUCCAAGAAUCUGGAUGACUGUUUCGAUGUUGUUCAUGCUCGCGCUGUUUGCACCUUGUGGCGAUCCAUAUUACCCUUUCCUUCUUACCUAUCACGCCCGAGUUACUCUCUUCCCACGCUCGAUAACAAAGGCUCUUGGACCCUCGAGAAGAUCCCUCUCUUCCUCUUUAAACCCCGAGCUGCUGAGUCUGCUUCUUCUGAGUAUUUCUUGGGAGGGAUAGGCAGAUAUGAGUCAGAAGAGCUUCCAUCUCCUAACCAAUGCUCAGUGAAAGUGGAGAUUCCAGGAUCAUCUGAUCCAAGGUUGAUGAACAUGCUCGACUGCCAGAUCUUCCCUAGCUCUUGGCCAUCAGUACAGAAUGUUUGGUUGCAAUGCUAAAGAAUACAGAGGUGUGGCUAUUCUCCCGCUAAACAAGGAGGGAGGAGAUUUUUGUUGUUCUAAUUAACUACAAUAAAGUUGUGUUGGUGUUAAGAAGUGAUGAAAUGAGGUAGAUGCGGCUUCAGAGACUCUCAGACGCUACGUGCGAUAAUUUAGUCACUUUUAGUGGCAGGUUUUAUGCAAUCUUUAAUGGAGACGUUUUCGCUUUUGAUCCUCAUUUCCUGGAACUGACUCCUCUGAAGCCCUUGGAGCUGCUGAACUGUUGCUCAUGCAAUUCUCUGGUUCCUUCUGGUGAUGAUGAGCUUUUCCUGGUUGAGAAAAUCAUCCCUCCUAAUGGCGGUAGAUUAUACUUAAGUCGGUUAACAUUGAGAGCGUUAUAAACCUAUAACUAGGAACAAUAAAUGUAUAAUUCUUCGCUAAUGCUGUGUUUUGAAAAAACUGAGAUACAAGUUUAUUUUGUAACAACUUCCUUGGCCGGGGUUGUGUGGGGACCAUAUUAUCUCAUUUGUCAUGCUCUUGGCUGGAGGUUGGGAUAAUGCUUCUUUCUUGGUAAUGCAGUUGCUGGAGCUAAAUACCCUAGACUCGGGGGAACACACAGUCCAAGUGUUGUUGGAGGAAAAUUAAAAAAAAAACCUCAGAGUCUAUCUUAUUCAGCUGGAGCACAUAUAUCUAAAAAACAUGGCAAGACUCAAACUUCCAGGAAGUUGCAACCUCCAAAACAUAAAUCAUCUAUGCAAGAAUUAUUACUACUUCUUAAGAGUUGAGAAAUUUGUCGAUUACAUUGCUAAUAGAUCCAAAUAAAAUAUGCCAUUAUUUCUUUUGCUUUUUAAAGACAAACCAGAUUUUACAUUUCUUAUCAUGAAUAAAAAAAUCUUUAAUUUAUAUAUUUCUUUACUUUUAAAAUAAAUUAUUACACCCUCCGGUACUGGCUCCUAAAAUUAAAAUAAUAAAUAAAAUCCUUAAUACAUACAUAAACCAAAAAACUCAUCUAACCCACAAGUAAAAAAAUUAUCUUAUUCACUCAGUGGAAGUCAGAAACGCAAACAUGACAUCAUGAGAUCUACUAACAUGUACUCAUAAAAUCAAUUAUUAGUUCAAGACCCUCAAAUCUAAAUUGGCAAGAACUAAUAAUUCAGAUUCAAUUGGACUAACAACUAACAGAUGAAAAUAAAAAUAAUAGAAUU